AUGGAACUCGAUAAAGAGAAAGUUCAACGGGUAGCUCAGAUGUUGGAGAGCGCCUCUAGCUUGCUUAGAGAUGCAGCAGUGUCAAGCAGCAGCAAUUCUGAUCCUCAAAGUAGCGAAAGACCAAGCAGACAAAGCACAAACGUCGCCGGUCCUCUGCAGUCAGCUCUCGAUCACGCUCGUAGUAUGAUCAGAAAUAGCACCAAUAGUGGGACAUGCCGUCGCCUUAAUAGAGCAGAACGACUGCGAGCUGCUGCCCCUGUAAACCUUUUUGGGYGUAAAAAACAACCAGCCAAGAAAGGGAGCAAGAAGGCAUUCGAGUGUGCCUUGCUCAAGUGUUUUGGAGAUGAUGCUGAUAACGAAGACCAUAACCUAAAAUGGGACUCCACAACAACUCAAGGUAUAAUUCUCUUAGGCGAGGAUGACGACGAAAAAGCUGUUAGGGAAGCCAUAAAGGAUCUGUUUACCAAGAAAAUACCCAUCCUUGGAGCCAAUGAUUUCGAUUUUGUGAAAGUGAAACAAAAGAAAAUCACUAGUCUUGAUUUAGGAACCGGUUUUUCUGUUGUCAAGAAGUUAUGUGGUCAAGGCUUACUUUAUGUCAAGAUUAAAGAAGGAUUUGAAUUUCUUUAUGAAGAAGAAAGUAGUACUGAUGAUGGAAAGGACAAAGGGGCUACUGAUGACAAACUUCUAGUUCCUGCAUUAGAUGGGUUUGAUGAUGACAAACAUCACCUCACUUUACAAGAUGACCAAGAUGGCGAUCAUCAGGAUUCUAAUACGAUUGAUGAGGCAAGACCUCCAAAUAAAACUGAUGAAAUAGUUGACAUAAUUUCAUCCAAGAGUCUCUCCGAUCCUGUUGAAAUAUUACGACUUCUACAGCAAAAGCUAAUAAAAGGGAGAAAGUUGGAUGUAACCAACAUUGAUCUCAUUGUUGAUUCCARUGAGUCAGAUAAGGCCACAAAUUUCAUUUGUGUUGACAGACAAAACAUUCUAAARACAACAUUUUCUGAACUAGAAUCAGUUGAAGACUUUUGUAUAACAUUUKAAGUACAUUUUAUGGGGGAGGUGGCAAAGGACUAUGGUGGACCACGAAAAGAGUGGAUACGUCUUAUGAAUUCAGCUAUGAAAAAGAAAUAUUUUGAUGCAGGCCUCAGGGAGUAUAUUGCUGAAGAGUACUAUCAUGUUGGAAUCAUGAUAGGUAUUGCAUUGCUACAAAAUGGUCAGUUGCUAACUAUUUUGCCACUAGAUAUUAUUGAAAAUCUUGUGAAGCCAAGCACAGACAAGUGCAUUGAGAAUCUGAAAAGAGGACUAAACAAGUUUGGUCUUUGCAAGAUAAUGGAAAAGGCGCCAACAUUUCUUCACCUUCUACGACCCAAAAGCAGUUAAUUGACUGCAAAGAUCAUUAUACAGAUGCUAUCACCACUGUAUGCUCCAGAAGGUUCGACUGCAUUUUCAAGGGAGAAGGAAAUCUAUAGUCUUUUUGUUAAGUAUGUGAGGGAGGUUGCAAGUGGAAGGAGACACCCAAUUAACUUAAGUUCCAUUCUGAUAUUUGUAACUGGAGCAGCCGAAGAGCCAGUGCUUGGUUUUGAAAAGCAGCCAACAAUCACAUUUGUGCAAAGCAGUGGAAAUAACCAGGAGUCUAAUAAAGUGUYAUAUGUACCCACUGCCCAUACCUGCAGCUACAACUUGGUUCUUCCCAGAGGUCCCUUGAUUGGAGAACUGCCCUCUGAAGAAAAACUGUUUGAGAUCUACGACCUUGCAUUUGCAACCAUUUUGAACCAGUUAGACUUUGUUUGUACUGAAGCUUGA